AUGAAGGUCCUUCUUACAGGUUGCUCCGGCUUCAUCGGCAGCCACACCCUUGAGUUUCUGCUCCAAAAAGGCCACAAUGUCGUGAUUACAGUCCGCAGCGACGCCAAGGGGAAGCAGUCUCUGGACAGCCACCCCAGCUACGCCAGUAACCUCUCGUACACUGUCGUUCCCGACAUGACCAUCUCGGGAGCUUUCAACGAUGCCGUUCAGUCGUCGCCGGAAUUUGAUGCUGUGAUCCACAUGGCCAGCCCUUUCACUUUCGACGUCAAGGACUUCAAGCGUGACACGAUUGAUCCUGCCGUUGAGGGCACCACCGAGAUCCUCAGGGCCAUCAAGGGCUUUGCACCGUCGGUCAAGCGAGUUGUCGUCACUUCUUCUUUCGCUGCGGUCAUGAACCUCACGUCCAGUAUCACCACGUACACCGCAGAGAACUGGAACCCCAUCACCGAAGAGGCUGCCCUUUCCAACAGCGCAAUGGCGUAUAUCGGCAGUAAAACAUUCGCCGAGCGCGCAGCAUGGGACUUCGUGAAGAACGAGAAGCCCAACUUCACACUCGCGACCAUCAACCCGUGCAUGGUUUUCGGUCCCGUGACCUACCAACUCCGCUCGCUGGAUGCCGUCAACACCUCCAACGCCGUGUUCAGGGACAUGAUCGUCGGAAAGAUGAAGGAGAGCAUACCGGAGAACGCGUUCCAGUGGGUCGACGUCCGCGACGUUGCGUUUGCUCACGUCAGGGCCAUGGAAGUGCCCGAGGCUGGUGGACAGCGCUUCCUCACCGCUGCAGGGGCGUACAGCAAUGCGAAGAUUGCGGAGAUUAUUAGGGAAAACUUCCCAGAGCUGCGCGACGAGAUUGCCGAGCAGCCAGCGUCGGAACCUUCAUCGGGGUUCACCAUUGACUGCACGCCAGCUAAGGAGCUUCUGGGGAUCACAUUCAAGACUCUGGAGGAAUCGACUGUCGAAGCAGUCAAGACCCUGCUGGCUGUCAAGGCUUAG